ACUGACAUAAAAGAAAAGUCACCAGUGAUGGUGACUUUGCCUUGUUAUAUGUGGGCUGUGUUUGGACGGUAAGAUGUCUAGUAAACACAAAAUUGCGUGAGUUCAUUCCAGUUCAGGGUCUGAUUGCUGGGAAAUGAUAAUGAUGUGGAAAUCAUGUUUUCGGGAAGACAACAAAAAUGUUAAGUUUAUGGAACGGUUAUACAUAUAUAAAUGUGGAUCAUCUCAAGUGUCAAAGCCAGAAGCAACAUUUCCACAUUUGACAGCAGAAUGGUUUCUCUCAGCAUCAUCCUCUUUACCUUGCUGUCCCUAAGCUCCAGAUUUGUGAUAUCUGCAGAGAAAGUUAUUACUUGUGAUGGGGAAAUUCAGCGUCUCAGCUGUGAUACUGGUGUGAUCAGUGUACAGUCAGUAUCAUUUGGACGUACAAACGAAAACAUUUGCAGCAUUGGACAACCAAAAGAUCAAAUAUCCAACACUCAGUGUUCACUGGAAAUAUCUGUGAUUGCUAAACGAUGUGAUGGAUUGAAAGUAUGUGAAAUAAAUACUCAAGGACUCAGUGUUGAAGAUCCAUGUGUUGGAACCUACAAGUAUUACACUACAAAUUACAUUUGCAUCCCAGCAGAAACAAGUGUUACUUGUCAAGGUGGAUAUAGUUCAUUGUACUGUGAAAAUGGCAGAAUUCAGAUAAAUACUGCAAACUAUGGACGAACAGAUAAACACACCUGCUCUGAGGGGCUUCCAUCUGAUCAGAUCCAAAACACCAGCUGUUAUUCUCCCAACGCACUGUCACCUGUGUCUCAAAGAUGCAAUGGAAUGAGAAGUUGUGAGGUGUUUGCAACUCAUACAGUCUUUACGGAUCCAUGCGAAGGCACAUACAAGUACCUGGCAAUCUCCUAUAACUGCCUCCCCCAAGCAGUUCGGUCAAAAGUUAUCUGUGAAUAUAGAAAUUCAACCCUUAAAUGCGAGGAAGGGACCCGUUUACAAAUUCACAAUGCAAACUACGGCCGAACUGAGAGCAGCAUAUGUCCUCUUACUAAUCCUAAAGUGCCUCAACAGACUGACUGCUACACCUCCAACUCAAAGGACAUAGUUGCCGAGAGAUGUGAUGGCAAAAAUGAUUGUUUCAUAUCGGCUUCCAAUGCUGUUUUCACUGACCCGUGUUAUGGCACGCUCAAAUACCUGCAUAUCACAUACUCCUGUGUGGCUGACUAAUUUGACAGCUAAUCUUGGGAGAUUUUGGCAUCUCUUUAUUACAAGUAAUGAAUUUAAUGGAAUUAAAUUGAAUUCACUGUGGCCAAAUCAAAGCAUUACAUUCCCAAACUGUUGUUAUACCAGCCAUUUGAGCAAAUAUGUCCACCUUCAGAACUGUAAAUAAACAACAUAUAA